ACGAGGAAGUAAUGCUGUGGGAGACAUUCUCAAUUGCAGUGCAGCCAAGAUGUACAUGUCAUUGUGAGUGUGUCAUACCAUUAAAGUGCAUUUUGACAAAGAGAAUAAUGAGAUAUGCCAUGGGAGACAUUCAACCUUGUCGUACCAUUGAAGUGCAUUAUGAUGAAAUUAUUAUGAAAUACCGUGGUAGACAUUCAAGCUUGUCGUACCAUUGAAGUACAGAUGAUGAAAUUUCUGCACAUGUAUCUGUCUUUCCUGUUAUUGUUUAAUCUUAUUGCCUGGCAUCCCGAUCCAUGCCCAAAAUAUACAAUUGCGUUCCAAUGCGAAGGAUGUUGUAUAAAUUUAUUUCAUAAUACAAUGUUGUCUACUAUUAUGAUGUGUUAUUACUGAGGAACCCGGACAAUUAACAAAACCAAAAUUUCAUUCCACUUUUUGAUGCCAUGUUUUACAAAGAAAAACAAGCCAAAAAGAACAGCGUGAGCGUCAUAAUGGCGAUUUUAUCGAACUCCAUCUCGGUGCUCAUUUAAAAAUAAAGCCGUUUGUUUACCUACGGUUUCACAGGAACAUUUUGCGACAGCCCGCUUGUUAGACAAGAAUAAGAGAUCAACAAGAUCGUUAAAUAUGGCGGAUGGAAAAAACAAACAAUAAAUUCAAGAUAUUGAACAAGACAAAUGUCUGAUAUCUCUGCUUUUCAAUUCGAAACAUUGAGGGUUAGCAAUCCAGUGGAUCAUGUUUUGCAUGUAGAGAUAAAUCGUCCCGGGAAGAGAAAUGCUAUGAAUCCUCAAUUCUUUAAAGAUAUGCAAGCAUGUUUCAAGAAAAUUACUGAUGACCCACAUUCACGUUGCAUUGUUUUGUCCGGUUCUGGAAAGCACUUUACAUCAGGUUUGGACAUUAUGGAGUUUAUGCCUAUGUUGAUGACAGAAAGUGAUGAGGACGUUGGACGCAGAUCUUUUCAGUUAAGACGAUUGAUCAGCGAAUUGCAGGAAUCUUUCACUGUUAUUGAAAAAUGCCCUAAACCAGUAAUUGCGGCGAUGCAUUCUGCAUGCAUAGGUGGAGGUGUGGAUUUGGCGUGUUCUUGUGAUAUGCGGUUGUGUACGUAUGACAGUUGGUUUGAGAUUAAAGAGAUUGACUUAGCAUUGGCAGCAGAUAUUGGCACUUUGCAAAGGCUACCCAAAAUCAUUGGAAACCAUAGCUUAGUUCGAGAACUGGCAUACACGGCCAGAAAGUUGUUCUCAGAUGAAGCACUGACAGCUGGUUUUGUUAGCCGUGUUUAUAAUGACAAAAAGACAAUGAUACAUCGUGCUGUAGAACUUGCUGUAGAAAUUAGUUCUAAAAGUCCCGUUGCAAUAGGAGCCACCAAGCUGCAACUAAAUUACGCCCGUGAUCACACUGUUGAUGAAGGACUCGACUAUAUUUGUUCGUGGAAUAUGGGACUGUUACAAAGUAAAGAUUUAUUAAUUGCGGGCCAGAGUAGUCUGCAAAAGCAAACACCAAAGUUUGAAGACAUGAAAUCCAAGCUGUAGCAACCUAAGAUGUUUUUUAAUUAUUUUCUCAUUAGCGACUUUACGAAACAAGGACGGCGCCAUCUGCGACAGAGAAAAUACUAUUAUUAGUUCUUAAAUAAGCGUGUGCCGAUCAGGGUAAAAACCCUCGAAACAAACUUGCCGUUAUCCCGUCGACUCGAAAUAAACCAUUUUCAGGUUGUGGGUAGCAGGGGCGUUAAAACGUCCUUAAUCAAAAUUUUUUGCGAAGCCGAAUUUUUUUGGUCCCAAUAUUUCACAAGAAUAAAUUUAAAGAAAAAAAUGAAUCUGGCUAUUUUUUUUUAAAUUGAAUUUAACAUGAAAUGGAUCAAAUUGAUCAAAUUGUCCAAACCAGCCAAUGAAUUAAUAAAGGGAGAUAUCAUAUCUGACAUUUUAAACAAAACAUCCGGAUUGACACGAUAACAAAAAAUUAUAUAAAAACAAUUUAAAAAAAAAUGUGCAAGAACCCACAACGGACUAAUGUAUGAGAUUUGAAAUUUAAUGCAAGAUUUUUAUUGCUUUAGGGCUUUCAAACCGUUCUUUUUGAAAUUUUGUGUAAAGCUUGGUGAAAAAAGCACCGUUGCAAUAUAUCAAAAAAGGUUUUGAUAAUUUAUUCUUGCAAACCAUUUCUGUACAUUUAAGAUAAAAAGUUUAGAGGCACUAUGCAAUAUUGAAAGUGUUGUUCACUGUUUAUUCUUCACAUUUUGCGUAAACCUUUGGCAGGGUGGACUGUGCAAUGAUAUAACCAAUUUUGAUAGAGAUUUGUGUUUGACAUGUUGCUAACUGUGGUUGUUCAGAAAUUAGUGAUCAGCUUUUUUUUGUUUCACAGAAUGAAAUAUUUUACAACAUACAUUUUUAUUUGAAUUUUAUGGGUGGGAUGUAGCUAACGUUUUUCUGAAUAAUUUUCGCAUUGUAAAAGGAAGUAAUUUUAGUAGCUUUAUUGCUUAAAUGUCACUAGUAUACUACAGUUGUUGGACACCUUCAAUUUUGUUUGCCACUUAUAUAAUAAUGCAGAUUGUAAGAUUCACACUGCUAUAUUGUUUGUUUUUUAAUGCAUGUAUAUCUAUUACAUGGAUUAAAAGAGAAAUGCAGUGAUUUCUUUCACGGGUA